CCUCAUGAAAAUAUUGAAAUAUUGUAUAUCUACGUGAAUUCAACAACCGUUGUAAAGUUCAACUGUUGAAAUCUUUUCUUUUUGUCACAGUGCUGCCACUUGUCGCUUUAGACUGAACAAAACAAAUUUUAUUAGUUGAGCAUAUUUCUUUUGAUUUUUAUUCUCACCUGAUAAUUUGAAAGCAUUUAUGAUAUAAUAAUUUUUUUUAAAAAAUAUCAAAAUUAUAUAAAAAUUAUAUUUAUCUAUAAAUAGAGACUACUCUCAUUUCAUUUGAAUACAAAAAAAUGUCAUUUUCAUUAUAAUCAACUAUUUUUAGUGUUUUAAACUUAUUUUUGUUAAAUGGAUCUCAAUAAUAAUCCUUAUAUCUUAUGUUUCGUUUUGUAUUUAAUUACAAUCAAAUUAUUAGUAUGUAAUUAUUAUGUUGUAAAAGAUAAAUAUAUAAAUUAAAGAUAGUGGGAUAUGGUGUUGAAAUUUUUAAAACAAAAACCAUUGUAGAGGAGAGUUGAGAUGAAAUAGGUGUUGAAUAAAUGAAAUGGAAAAAAAAGAAGAUGAUGUUGAAUGUUAAAAGGUGAAAAAGAAAAUGUUGAUAAUGAAAUAGGUGUUGAAACCAUUGUACGUGGUCAUCAAUAAAUUUUAUGACUUUUGAUUAUUUGUAUGCCCAUUUCUCUUCUAUUAGGAAAAGAAUCCACAAGAUCUAUAUAGAUGACGAUAUAUAAAAUUUCACUUUAUUUUUUUACAACUGUGGUGUGAUUGUAAAGGUUUUUUAGGCUCAAUGACUAAUCACAUGAGGCCCGUAAAAUCUAUGUUUUCUUAUCACUUAAAACAUUUUAGAUGGCUGCACUCGAAUCCAGGUGGCGGUACACACACGAGAACUGGCUCCGGUUUAUAUCAUUUACAAUUUAUAUAUUUAUAACUUGAUUUAAACCCUAAAGUGAGGAAGUGUUUCUAGUCAAAUUGUUAAAUGUCCAUUUCUGUGACUUCCCACCGGAGGUCGAUUCCAUUAAGUCAUGUUUCUCCCGAUUGUAGAGCUGGCUAUGGAUCGUGUUUUAUCGAACUGAUGACAAAAAGACUUGAUUUGAAAUAAGUAUAAUUUAUAUAGUCCAAUCAAUUUUUUUAAACAAGUAUAAUAAAAUAAAGAAAAUAAUAUAUGUGAAAAACGUGCUAUGUAAAGAUCGUGAGGAACAGUUAAAAUAAUGCCGGUAAACUUUUAUUUUUAGUGCUGCCGCUGAGUUUUAUACGCCACUAUCAAAAGCUUUCAUUUACAUUACAAAACCGAUGUUCAUCAAGAAAAAUUUCCAUAGAACUGCCAAUACAUAAAGCUCAAAUGCAUCAUAUCAACUUAUCUUCCAAAUGGGAACUUUCACCCAACUUCUAUUAAAUAUGUGCAGCACUUGAAAAAUAUGAGUGAAGAAAUAACUCUUUGUUGAAUGAGAGAUCAAGCAGCAGUGGAGAGAUAAGUCGGUUGUGAAGCGACUAUGAAAUUGCAGCUUCCGGUAACUGGAAUUUUUAAUCAAAUGAAUCCUUUUUUUCCUACACAUUUGAACAAAAAUCUUGGACAUUUAUUUUAAAAACAUUAUACACAUUUUAAUUUCAACAAAAAUGUGUCAAUAUCACUCAAAAAAUGUGUCGGAAUCCAAAGAUGAAAAAGCUUUCAUGUCAUUGUUAAUGCUUUGGAGCUUAUACGCUGUACAAAAUUUGUAUGUGGAGCCUAAUCUUAAAUCAACCUCAAGCGUUCCUUGGUCAAGAAUUUAAGAGCAUAGAUCUUUUUUUUGUUUUCUUGUCUUGAGGCUAACUUUUGAAAUGGGUCAAAAUCAGGUUUUAUUGGUUAGGCCGUUUUUGGUCGCCAUGAGUCAUGACUCGUAGGCUAGAGUAAGCCCUUCUACUUUACCAUAUACCGAAUUUUUAGACUAAAAUAUUUUAGAGAAUUUUGCCGAUAUAGAACAAAAGAAGCAUAUCUUUGUCCCCUUACAAUAAAAAACUCAAUCUUUGUCCCUUUAGAACAAAAAAAAAUGAAAAACCUGUUUUGUCCUUUUUAAUAAAAUAGGUUAAAAGUAAUAAGUUAAAAAUUCCUGGAUUCAGUAAAAAAGACGCAUCACUUUCUUUGUCUCCGACUCCCCUUUUCUAAAACUCAGAGGCGAUUCCACCGUCGACUCUCUCUCUCUAUUGUGUCCGUUUAAGUUCGUCGGAGACGACGAACGCGUCGUCACAUCUCUCCGUCCUCCUCCUUCUGUCGUCUGUACUCUUUUGAACCAUCGAUUACAAGGAAUUGAAGGUUAGGGUUUGGAAAUCCCCUUUCUGUUUUUUUUUUCGUUUUCGUUUACGUGUAUGUAGUAUAAAGAGGUUGAAUUGUUUAAAAAUACAAAUCGAUUCGCGUUUAUGGUUUUGAUUUUCGUUUGUGGGUUGAGUUGAUUGUGAGGUCAUUGUAGUUCUUGUUCUAUACGAUUCUGAACUCUUUUUUUGUUUGGUAUUGACUUUGCUUUGUGUUUUGAAUUCGUAAUGGACUUAAAAGGCUAAUGAGUUGAUGUUUUCUGUUUCAUGUUUUAUAGGAAUGGAUUACCAGUUUCCAAAACGCAUUAUUGAAGAAGGAGCUGAGACCAAGAUUGAUAAGAUUAACAACACCUGUAGACGCACGAUUCUGGGGACGCUGAAGGUGGUUCUCAGGGAUGAGUAUCAAGAAGUUUUGAAAGACCCUGUCUUUGGUCCGAUUCUGGCAAUAGUAGAGAACAAGCUUAUUUACUCAGGGAAGGUUAUUCACAGCUUCAUAUGCAAGCAGCUCAAGGUUUCCAAGCUUCACGAAUUGUGGUUUCUAUUUGCAAAGAGGCCUCUCAGGUUUUCUAUGCAAGAGUUUUAUGCUGUGACUGGAUUGAAGUUCAAAGAAGAACCCGACGUAGACUUCAAUAACUGGAAGAGUGAUAAAGGGUUCUGGAGCACUGUGCUGAAGGAAAAUAAGAAGAUCAACUUGUUGGUUAUAAGGGAUGAGCUCCUUAAAGUCUGUAAGGAGUGGACGUAUGUGGACAGGGUGCGACUAGUGUAUCUGUGUAUUAUACAUGGAUUCCUCAUUGCUAAGGAUUUGAGAGUGUUUAUCCCUCACGAGUUCAUCCGUUUGGUGAUGGAUUUUGAGAAAAUGAGGAUGUAUCCUUGGGGUCUUCGCGCGUAUGAUGAGCUGCUUGCAUCAAUAUUCAAGGCAAGGGAAGAUGUGCAUCUGAAGAACAGCUAUGUGUUGGAUGGAUUCUCAUAUGCGUUUCAGAUAUGGAUUAUGGAGGCAAUCCCAGACAUCGGUUCUAUGGUGGGUAAAAAGAUCAAAAACAAUGUGACGAAAGUGAGAUGUAGGAAUUGGAAAGGAAGUGGAAAAGUAUCAUAUCAAGAUAUCACCAGCCUAGAGUCCAACUUUGAUAAGGGAGAGUUGUUCCCGUUUAUAUCAUCUACUGGGAGCUUGGAUGCAACUGAUAAUGCUGAGUUCUUUAGGGAAGAUGAGAAGAAUGACGAAAGAGUCAAUCGCAUUGUUGCUCUGAUCAGUGCCAAACAAGACUGGAAGCAAUUCACUUGGGAAGUUGAGACUCUGCCUCCAAAUAUAGAGUUAUCUGACGCAGAAGAGGAUGUUGAAGUUGAAAAUGUCACAGAAACACCUGUGGAGGAACCGACUGUUGUUGAAGAGGAACCGGGUGUUGUUACAAAAAGGGGCAAGCGUAAGCUUAUUGAUCCUGGUGUCGAGUCUCGAAAGAAACAACUUCUUUGUAAAAGGGCGGCUGAACAUAACAGUGUUGUCUCCGGUGAUAUGAAGACCUUCAUUGAAGGUUUGUUCAACUCUUCUUUCAAUUCUUUUAAGGAGCUGCUGCAGAAGGAUAUACAAGAGCGUUUUGACAAGGUCGACAAUGAGAUGGCUCAACUGAAGGCAACAGUGUCGCAGAUUACGGGUCCUUCAGUUUUUGUGGGACGAGACCUAGCCUCUGAGAUUCCCUGUCCUUCUGCAACACUUGGGAAAGAGCAAGAGAAAUCAUCACAGAGUCCGGGUCCUUCAGGAGCAAAGGGAAAAGGCAAAGGCAAGGCAUCUGUGAGUGUUGAUCCUCCUCCGCUUCGUCGUAGCCCUCGGCCAGUAAGAAAGGUAACCAAAACAUGAAGCUUUGAAUUAGGUAGGACGAAUCAUCUUCGGUUGUAAGUGUUUCUGUGGUUUGACUAUUUUGUAAUAUCCUUGUAUUGUGCUAUGUUGCAUAUCGGCUUGUAAUGUAUCUUGUUGUUUGCUAUGAAGUGAACUGAUAACUAUGACAUGUUGGCUUGGCUAUUUUGUAAUGUAAUUUUGUCACUAUGUUGACUCUA